GGCCGCAUCCGGCGGCUUUCCCGGCAGGUCCAGCGUAGGGGAGCAUGGGAGCCUGGGAGCCUAAUGGUGGCGCCGUAUUUCGGUCUCGAGUCUCGGCUGGGCGUCGCUUUCUGUUGCUUUUGCCUGGAUAGCGGGAGGCUUCCUGAGAUCUUUAGUCUCGGAGCCAUCUGUCCCGAAGUCCCUGUGGCGACUUGAAGACACUACCACCCCUCAAGAUGGCAUCCACACUCCCUACAACCGGGGCCCAGGGACCAGUGCUGUUUGAGGACCUGGCUGUAUAUUUUUCUCAAGAGGAGUGUGUGAGUCUGCACCCUGCCCAGAGGUCCUGCAGCAGAGACACGCCACAGGAGUGUUUGGAGGAUAUGGCCUUGAUGGGAGGAGAAGGCAAGAUUGAGAUUAAUCAGAAGCUAAGGCUAGAAUCUAUGGGACUUGAAGAGCUUGCCCUAGAAAAAUACUCCAUUGCUGUGCCCCUUGUCUAUUACCCAGAAAAUUCCUCUGAGCAUGGAGUUGGAAACCUUGAAAGGAAAAUGUCAGGUAGAACUCCUGCUUUCAAGAAGAGGUUCAUAAGCCUUUUAGUUACCAUUGAAAACCACACCCCUUUGAUAGAACUAUCUCAGUGUUUAGGAACCAGAGCACUUUCUGAAAUUCUUGAAUUUCCCGGGGAAGAAGCCAAAAAUUCAUACAAGUGUCCUGAAUGUGACCAAAGCUUCAGUGAUAGUUCAUACCUUGUUUUGCAUCAGAAAAUGCAUUCAGGAGAGAAAAAGUAUAAAUGUGGUGACUGUGGGAAGAUUUUCAAUCACAGAGCCAACUUGAGAACACACCAGAGAAUCCACACCGGCGAGAAACCAUAUAAGUGUGCCGAGUGCGGCAGCAGCUUCCGCCAGCACUCACAUCUGUCUCGGCACAUGAAUAUCCAUGUAAAGGAGAAACCCUACACCUGUAGCAUAUGUGGAAGAGGUUUCAUGUGGCUCCCAGGAUUGGCACAGCAUCAGAAAACCCACGCUGCCAAAAAAGCCUGUGGUAAAUGUUUUGGUCAGAAAACAAAUCUGGCUUUGCCUGAGAAAAGGCACGGGUCAGCCAGCCAGCACCCAUGCAGUCCGAGCGGGAAAUGCUUUGGGCAGCCCUCGCACUUGGCCCUCCCCGAGCGGGUCCACGAGGACAACCCUGAACACUGCAGCGAUUGCGGGGAAAAUUUGCUUUCGUUCUCAAAAUUCGAACCCUUAAAGUGUCCUGAGUGUUCGAUGACCUUUCUUCGUAUCUCUGAGCUUAUCUCCCAUCAAAGAAUUCACAGAGGGGAGAAGCCCCAUAAAUGCAAACCCUGUGCAGAAAGUUUUAUUUCGGACUCAGAGCUUGCAUGCCACCAGAAGAACCACACAGGAGAACCUUAUAAAUGUACCGUGUGUGGGAAAAGUUUCAGGUUGAAAACACAUCUCAUUGUCCAUCAGCAAACCCAUGCGCAAAACACCACGUAAAUAUAGCAAGUUUUCAUUAAUGCUUGUGCUUCUCAGUAUUUAUACUGAAAACUGGGGCACAGUUACCCUUUAUGUGCCAGGUACUGUGCUAAGCAUUUUACACACAUUCCAUGUAAUAUAUCAUUUAAUUUUCACCACCACCUUGAUUUAGGCACCAUGAUUUCGGUUUUAUAAUGGAGGAAGCAUAGUCAGUGUCACAGCUACUGAACAAAGCCAGAACUCUAACUCAGUAGCUCAGUUACUAUCCAGAUUCCAUUUGUAUGAGCCGGAGAAAGAUACAGAACUUAUAAAAAAAAAAUUCAGUUUUCACUAAAAUGAAGGUUAUUGCUAGAGUUCUUUUAAUUUUGUUUACGUGGUUUCUAAGUAAGUUUUAGAAGGCAAAUUUAUUUAUUGUUUGCUAGUUCUGCAGAUCUAGGAUCUAGGAAAGUAAGUACCUUUGUAUCUAUUUUAUACUUUUUUUUUUUUUGCUGUAACAAUCAGAAUGUAAUGUUUGUAUGAGAUUAUUGUUUUACAUAUGAAUUUCUGGAGGGGUUUGGAAGCUUUUUUCCCUCCAUGUGAAGUGUUCCCAAAUGGGUUGGACUAGUUAGUGUCGAGAUGGCUGUUAGUAUCCGUGAAGUUAGUAUCCAUUCUCAGAUCUGAUGCCACUGGCCUUUGUGAUUCAAGUGUUUGGAAGGAAUUUUAGCAAUCUGACUACAGCCCUUUCUGGUGCCUGGACUUGAGCAAUGGAAAGGUACUUGCUUCUCUCUAAGAGGAUUUACCUCCAAGUCUUUACCAAAGCACAUCACCUGCCUUGCUAUGAAUAACAGUAACCCUUGUUUAGUGUGCAUGCUCAAUACUUCAGGUAUAUUAAUUUAAUCUUCAGAAUAAAUCUGACAGAAAAGGACUAUCCUCGUUUCGUAAAUGAGUAAGUAGAGCCCCUGGAGGAUACAAUCAGUACAUUGCCCAAGACACAAAAGUAGCAACAUGCUGAAGCUGGCAUUUAACCUCUGGUCUCUGCUGUCAGAGGCCAUGUGUUCAGCGACAUUGCGUUAUAUGUUGGCAUUUGCACCACAUGUUAAAACUGCAGGCAGCUGGAGGACUGAGAUGGGUGGGUGAGGAUGGUCAUCAUGGAGGCUACCCUGUGCACGUGCUUCAUUCCCUUAGUGCUUCAUCCCAAGCCUGACUUACGUGUAUGGUUACAAAGCAACUGAAAGACUGUUCAGGACUUGAGGUUCAAACUCCAUCCCUAUAAUCAGAGAUUGCAAACUCUACAGAGUAUAGUUUUAGUUUAGUUUGAGUUUAGUUUAGGUUUUAGUUGAGUUUGGUUUAAGAAAAAAGUUUUUCUUCCUCAUAUCCAAAGAAAGAUACAUACAGAAAAUUGUUAGAGCUUAAUCAAAAUACUUGAAAAUAUAUAGAUACUGCUGUUACAUGUAAAUACUGGAGCAAAAUAUUGUUAAAUGGAAUGGUUAUUAAUGUUAAAGAACCAGGGGAUCUUGUAAAUGUUACAUUCAUGUGGAAUUUCUCUUUAAAGCAAAUUUGUGUACCUCUCAGCAAAGCAGCAUUUAAAGGGGUUUUUGAUUGGGAUGUGAGAAUGGUCUUAUUCUAUAUAAAUGGUAUAAAAGUAUGGCAUUUACUAAAAUAGGAUUAUCACUGGGAAACCUCAGGAGUAAUAAUAGGCCUCUUUAGGACUAAUUGGAGGAAAGUAGUACCUGGAAGGUAGGGUCUUUCUACUGAACAGCAGAUUGAGAACUGAAUGUACAAAAAGGUGCUGGCUACUGCUGUAAGCUCUUAACACUGAUUAGAGGCAGGAAGAUACUGUUGGUGAGGAAAAGGGAAACCAAUAGCCCUAACCCAGCUCACCCACUCCUUUCCCCCUUUUCCUCAUUCUUCUUUUGCCUCUUGUUUGCAGAUCCACAGUUGAGACCCUGUGCUCUGUAUGUCAAGGUCACACUUGGCUCAUUGUUUCCCAUGUCUCCACUCUUAGGAUACAGGACACCAGUCUGCCGGGCCUUUGGGGUCUCAAAUAAAAAAGCGAGGUCUUCUAUAGGUUCUUCUUCAGCAAGUCUCUCUGUCUGAGGUGGUUAGAGUUGUGUAGAAAGAUGGUCUCCAGUUAGGUUUCUUAUCAGCCAGCUCUGGGAUAUAAACACCUUUGCUAAAUAUCAGAAAGUACUGCCUCCCUGCUUUCCUGCUUCUGCCUUCCGUGGGAGCAGCUGGCACAGUGCGCCACUGGCACAUAGUAGGGGCUCCCAUAUUUCAGUUAACUGAAGAGUUGCAGGGUCGGGGAUGAAAUUGGGAAAGAGGUCCCUAGUAGCAGAGUUGCUGCAGAAAGAAGUAGAGAAGACUAUUUUAGAAGGCGUUUGGACAGAGUGGCGCUGACCUGAAACAUGGAAGCUGUCAUCCUUUCCUUUGCUCCUAAGAAAGUACAGGGGAAGGUGAAAAUUCAUACCAUCAAUGACGUUCUGCACUCAGCAUGGGAAGUUACCUUUCCAGAUGAGGUUUCCUUCCCAAUUAACUUCAGUUUUUACAUUUUUGUUUUCUAGAUUUUGGAAGAUUAUGCCAAACCUCCACAAGAGAUUAGAAAAAUAUCUUUUACAAAGACUAAUAUAUACAUGAGUAUAAUUAAAAUGCCUUUUUGGUGUAAUAUUGUUAAUGAUUGUUAUGCGGAGGAAAAAAAAAAUCCCUGAGUGUCAGCUACUGUGAAAGAGGCAUCUUUUCAGUUGUUGCUUUAUUGUGCACUUGCACCUAAAUCCAUUUGCUGGAUGUAAUUCGAGCUGCUCUGAGCCCAAGGAGUUGAAGGAAGCGGUCAGUAUCCAUCAGUGAGACCCAUGCUGGUUUUAUGCAGAUGGCUUUUUCACCCUCUAUUUACAGUGUUAACUGACAGGUUCCACAGAUGGUCAUUAAUUCAGAGACAUCAUUAGCCUACCAUGUUUUUUUGUUGUUUUUUUUUAGCCACAAUGCUACUUUUUUUUUUAAAUUAAUUAAUUUAUUUUUAUUUUUGGCUGUGUUGGGUCUUCGUUUCUGUGCGAGGGCUUCCUCUAGUUGCGGCAAGCGGGGGCCACUCUUCAUCGCGGUGCGCGGGCCUCUCACUAUCACGGCCUCUCUUGUUGCAGAGCACAGGCUCCAGACGCGCAGGCUCAGUAGUUGUGGCUCACGGGCCUAGUUGCUCCGCGGCAUGUGGGAUCUUCCCAGACCAGGGCUCGAACCCGUGUCCCCUGCAUUGGCAGGCAGAUUCUCAACCACUGCGCCACCAGGGAAGCCCCCAUGUUACUUUUAAUGAAUACUUGGAUGAAAGUUAAUAUAGGGAUGAAAAACUAAAUGCAGGAGUUUAUUGCUAGGAACAGUCGGUUCACAACAUUUUGCAGCAUGGAUGUUAACACAGGCAGAGUGAAAACUUUGUACUGAAGAAUUCAAUUGUUGAACAAAUUUCUUUGGUUUUGUUGUUGAUGCAGUGAUGAAAAUGUGUAUUAAAGUCCUUAAUGUGAUUGCUGGACUAUCAGGUUCUCUAACAUCCGUCAUUGAUGAAACAGCAUUAUUCCCAUAGCCUGCAGAUGUUAAGUUUACAUUUUGUAAUUAAAGAAACUGUGGAAUUUAAUUGUUAUUCUUGAAGGAGUUGAACUCAAAAUAGUUUUGUUUACAGCGUUGUUGCAGUAGGUAAUAGUCUAUUCACAUCUCUGCAUUUAACAUAGAAAAUGACUAACCCAGUAAUUCAGGGAGUUAAAACUAAAAACAAGUGACAUUUCACAGCAAAUGCUGUUUUGAGUCUUUGACUCCUGUGAUUCCAUAUAAUUAAGUGGCAUUAUUCUGAUGACUGCAGCAUGUCAUACAAUCUGAUACUGCAGAUUUUGCUCAAAGUAAUCUGCCAAUUUACUGCAUAUGUGUACUAAGCAGGUUAUAGUUUAUCUGAAUAAAGAGUCUAUUUGAAAGUGUUCACUAAACUUGUUAAGCCUAUAGGAUUUCCGUUGGAAAGUGUUUUUGCUUGGACAUCUGUUUAAAAAGUAACUAAAUAAUCUUCAUUAGAAGUGUUU